AUGAAGAUCCCCAAAGUCACCAGCAUUCUUCUAGUGGUGCUAACGUCGCUUACCCUCCUCAACUUCGUGCUCAAGUACUACACCUACUUCGUGCUCAUGGUGUCGUCAUCCAAGACGUCUGCCAACGAGGUCAAUUCCAUUGCACAGGAAACGGGAGAGGUGCCUCAUCCACACGAGCUCUACGUGCCACUAUUGACAUUCAUACCCACCCGUUCUCCGGUUUUCACGCGUCCCUGGGUGUUGGUCACCAGCAGCUUCAUUGAGGAGAACUUUGUCGGGCUAACUUUGAGCUUCAUGCUCUUUUUCUAUAUGGGAAAGUACUUGGAAACCAUGUGGGGCUCCAAAGAAUUCACUGAGUUCAUCAUUUGCAACGUGAUAAUAUCCAACGUGGCAUUAUUCAUCUACUACAGCAUUAAACUGGUGCUUUUUGACCCUGAGUCGUACGCAGUACCUCCUGUGGUGAUCACAGCCCUGGCAAUCAACAUGGGGUUUUUUGUGGCUAUCAAGCAGAGAAUCCCCAACCACUACUUCCUUUUCUUCAAGGGCAACGUGCGGCUCAAGGUCACCUACAUCCCGUUCAUCUUGGUGUCGUUGGUGUUCGUGUUACUGCUUGUCAGCGAAGAAUUCUUCAUUUCCUUGCUCCUAAGCGGAUUGGGUUUCUCCAUAAGCUGGUCUUACUUGAGGUUCUUCAAGGCUGGCACCAACGAACGCCAAUCGUACUUGCUCCCGUUCUCUCUCUCGCGAAAGAGGUCCAACAAAUCUUCCCAUCCUGUCAGAGCCUCUAGAGAAGGUUCCUCCAGCAGUGCAUCCACAGCCUCUGCCUUACACCUCGAUCACGGCCUGGUCAGAGGCGAUCGCUCGGAGCAGUUCUCCUUAUACACCUUUUUCCCCUACCCGUUGUCGAUUCCAGUGAAAUUGGUCAGCGGGCAAAUAUUCAACACCAUGGUUCGCUACAAGUUCUUGAACAAGAAGGACUUCUACAAUGAGCCUGAGGGUGUGGAGGAUGCCCAGAUGGAGGAGAUCGAUGCAUUGCAAAACACUUUUCUUGGGGUGUCUUCGUUGAAAGGUGCUGGAAACGUAAGUGCCCUUCCACGAGCAGGAAGCUUCAAUAGCCUCUGGAACUGGUUCAAGAGCGGCCCCAAGAAGGUGGGAAUCAAAAGCAGCAUGGAGAAGAGACGGAAGUUGGCAUUGAAGGAGUUGGAGUAA